AUGCCCGUCGGCCAAGACGUCGGUGCCACAACCGUCAGCGACAUGCAAAGUCUAGCAUCCUCAGCGUCGCGUGAGGACUCCGAGUCCCGUGUCGCUGCUCACAGAAAUUCGGCACAAUAUGGAGGAAGUCUUGUCGCGUCACCGUCUACUCAACGCUCUGGCAUCCAUUCAGACGUCAACUCAGUCUCGCCGGUGCCCCCCACUCAACGAACCGGCCCACCGGACGCUUCCCUCGUUGCAGAGACAAAGCCUUUGACUUUCCAUGAUCACGCUCAAUCUGGCAUCUCAGGCGUUGCGGCACGUGAAGCUGAUAUGCUCAGCAAUCAGACUGCAAAUCUUUGCAACUCGGACAACGGCGUCGACUCUGUUGAUGGCGUUCCCGCCACGAGCACAAUAAAGAAGCCCUCCAUCGCGAUCCCCCGCAUGACACGUCUCGAUUCGGAUGCUCCCUCCUCGAAACAGAGCAGCCCUCUGAAUCCAUCGGCUAUUUCCCGUCGGAGCAGCAAAUAUGGCAGCGGCCUCGAUUCUAGGAAGAGUAGUCGCAGGCAAUCAAAAGCUUUGAGCUCGCAUAGCUCUGUGACAUCGCUGCGAUCCCAUCGGCCCGCACCACCGUCUCCGGCUUCGUCUCAUCCCAGUCGACGCCAGUCACAAUCAACCCUCAGGUCUCACUCGCGACACGAGUCGAACGAUUCUCAGUCGUCAUCAAAUCCAACAGAACGGUUUCCAUCACACAAGCCAUCCACAUCCUCGAUGCGAAAGUCGUUUUCAAGCACUGGUGCCUCUGGAUCCAUCAAUGUCGACGGCUCGGGGACGCAGUCGACGUUGGUCAUCACAUUCAAUCAUACACAGGUCGACGCGGCGCAAAAGUCUCAAGUAGAUGGAAAGCCACCGCCGCCUGUUGCCCCAAAGACCAGCCAGGAAUCGUCUACCCAGGCUGGAAUUCAAAAGACUGGCCAAAAUGCUCAGAAACUCGCUCCUCUAUCCGCGAGUCACUCGCACAUUCGCCGCAAUUUCUCGUCCACCUCGGCGAGCACUUCUGGCUCAUCUUCAUCCGUACCCUCGAAUCCAGCGGCAAGACAUGCCAACGAACUGGCAGCUGCAUAUGCCAGCAUGGGUAUCUAUUUACCUAUGGCGGGCACCCCAACUGAGAUUUGUGACGAGCACGAGGCCGUCACAAACGAACCUCCAGCAGCCGACGAAGACAAUCUCCAAUGGCACCGAGAUCAUCCCAUCGUGGUGAGGGAUUUCGCGUUUGAUGAAAGCGACGAGCGCUUCUCGAAGCAACCCAUCGAACUAAUGAUGCGUUGCGACCGGCCACUCCUCCAUCACAGUCGCUCGUAUGAAUGGCGACGUAACCAGCCCCGCUUCGCGGCAGGAGGCGGUGGAGGUUAUAGCUCCGGUGUUCAUUACGGGGACCCUUGGGGCGGGGAAUAUGAAGAAGAAGAAGACGAAGAUGAUUGGGGGUUCCCUUUGGGAUCGAUUUCCGGUGGCACCAGUACUGCUCCCAUGGGGAGCACGCACGGUGGAGGGCCCAGAAGCGAGCUCAAGAAUCGGUCGAGGGCCUGGGCAAACUUGGGGAGCAAAAGUCUCGGCGGUAAAUGGGUCAACGUCAGCGAGGAGGAGAGCAGCAACUACUAUGAAGAGAGCGGAGAGGAAGACGGGUUUGAAGAGAUUUCGCCACAGCCGCAAUUCGACGACGACUUUAACGAAGACGAUGUCCAUACGCCUUCUACGACGUUCAAACACUCGCCACUGCAUGAUGUUCAUCCUCAUCCAGAAGUCGACGGUCAAGACGGGGUCGACGGAGACGACGAUUUUUCCUCUGGUGACGAGCUUGGAUACGACGACGUAAAUCCAGAACCACUGAAGACUGGUGUCUAUCGUGCCUUGUACCCCUUCGAGGCGGAAGGGCCGUCGGAGAUGAGCGUAGAGGUCAAUCAACUCGUGCGGAUCAUCGGACGAGGUGGUGGCGAGGGCUGGGUCGUAGCGUUGCGAAACUGGACUCCAGAGCAAGAGAUAAAAGGAACCAGGAAUGCUUGCGACACUGCCGAGGCACAAGGUCUCGUCCCAGAAGGAUACCUGCAGCCCUACCAACUUGACGAACAAAGUGACGAAAUGUAA